ACAGACACAGAUGGGCGUUGUUUUACAUCACCUGCGUUCAGACAAGAACCAUAACCUCAUAAAAAAACUCAGAGAGGAAUUCGACCACUGCUUCACCGACUUCAGGGACCACAAGAAGUCAUUCAACCUCUUCCAGAAUCCUUUCUCAUGUGUCCCUGAGGAAGAGCCUGCAGAAAUGCAGUUUGAGCUCAUCGACCUGCAGGAGAGCUCCGAGGCCAGAGCAGCAUAUCGUGACAAGAAUCUCAUCGAGUUCUACAAAGGACUUUCCCCAUCCACAUAUCCUGCACUUCGCCAGCAUGCUGUCAGAAUGGUGUCUUUAUUUGGAAGCACAUACAUUUGUGAGAAGACCUUCUCCACCAUGGCCAUCAACAAAUCCAAGCUGAGAUCCAGGCUGACAGAUGGCCAUCUACAUGCUGUCCUUCGUAUCGCCACGACAGAGAUGGAGCCCGACAUCAGAGGAAUCGUGGCCAACCGAAAACAGCACCACAUAUCCCAUGCCAAUAAAAAAAGGUUUUCCUGUGGUGCUUUGGUAGCUGGAAUUGCUCCUGAAUAAGGUCCAUGCUGAUAAGACAGGAGGCAAGGCACCCUGAGACUGUUUGUUCUAAAUAAGUUUUUACAUAUAUUCUGAAAUGGACUGCACACAGGACUGUUAUAUCCCAAAUUUGACUGUAGAGGGCAGAAAACCCCAUGGAUUUUGUGUGCAUUACAAUGUUUCUCAAGGUUUUCUCAAGUUUUGCCAGGUUUAGCCUCAUUUAUUAAUUAAAAUGUGUUUAUUGCACAUUACUGGAUGCAGACCAAUA